AUGAGCUCCCUGAGCUUGCGGAGCCUAGCUCCCGCCUCCAAGAUCUCCCGUGCCCUGAGGGAUCAGAGACGUCUUUUCUCUUCUUCUCGCCCCGCUGCCCGCAUUUUCGGCAACGGACCCCUGCGCGCGAAGGAAGCCAAUGGCUACAUCUCCGAGAAAUACCCCGUCAUUGACCACGAGUACGAUGCCGUCGUCGUCGGUGCCGGUGGUGCCGGUCUCCGUGCCGCCUUCGGUUUGGCCGAGGCUGGUUUCAACACCGCUUGUGUUUCCAAGCUCUUCCCUACCAGAAGUCACACGGUCGCUGCCCAGGGUGGUAUCAACGCUGCCCUCGGAAACAUGCACCCCGAUGACUGGAGAUGGCACAUGUACGAUACCGUGAAGGGCUCUGACUGGCUCGGUGACCAGGAUGCCAUUCACUACAUGACCCGUGAGGCCCCCGCCUCCGUUCGUGAGCUGGAGGGUUACGGUUGCCCCUUCUCCCGUACCGAGGACGGCCGGAUCUACCAGCGUGCCUUCGGUGGUCAGUCGCGGGAGUUCGGCAAGGGUGGUCAGGCCUACCGUUGCUGCGCUGUCGCUGACCGUACCGGUCACGCCCUUCUGCACACUCUCUACGGACAGUCCCUGCGUCACAACACCAACUACUUCAUCGAAUACUUUGCCCUUGACCUGCUGAUGGAGGAUGGUGAGUGCCGCGGUAUCAUCGCCUACAACCAGGAGGACGGUACCCUCCACCGUUUCAAGGCCCACCACACUGUCCUGGCCACCGGUGGAUACGGCCGUGCCUACUUCUCCUGCACGUCCGCCCACACCUGCACUGGUGACGGUAUGGCCAUGGUCGCCCGUGCCGGUCUCCCCAACCAGGAUCUGGAGUUCGUCCAGUUCCACCCCACUGGUAUCUACGGUGCGGGUUGCCUGAUCACUGAGGGUGCUCGUGGUGAGGGUGGUUACCUCCUCAACUCUCAGGGUGAGCGUUUCAUGGAGCGUUAUGCGCCCACCGCCAAGGAUCUGGCCUCCCGUGACGUCGUCUCCCGCUCCAUGACCCUGGAAAUCCGUGAGGGCCGUGGUGUCGGUCCCGAGGCCGACCACAUCUACCUCCAGCUGAGCCAUCUGCCCGCCAAGCUCCUGCACGAGCGUCUUCCCGGUAUCUCCGAGACCGCCUCCAUCUUCGCCGGUGUCGAUGUCACCAAGCAGCCCAUCCCCGUCCUGCCCACCGUCCACUACAACAUGGGUGGUAUCCCCACCAAGUACACUGGUGAGGUCCUGACGGUGGAUGAGCAGGGCAAGGACAAGGUCGUCCCUGGUUUGUACGCUUGCGGUGAGGCUGCUUGUGUGUCCGUCCACGGUGCCAACCGUCUCGGUGCCAACUCCCUCCUGGAUCUGGUUGUCUUCGGCCGUGCUGUCUCUCACCGCGUCCGCGACAUCGCCUCCCCCGGCAAGCCCCACAAGGAGCUCAGCUCCGACGCCGGUGCCCAGUCCAUCAAGGACCUCGACUUCGUCCGCACCGCCGAGGGUCCCAAGUCCACCUUCGACAUCCGCAACGCCAUGCAGAAGACCAUGCAGUCGGACGUCAGCGUCUUCCGUACCCAGGAGAGCUUGGACGAGGGUGUUGAGAAGAUCACCAACAUUGACACCUGGUUCGACCAGGUCGGCACCAAGGACCGCAGCAUGAUCUGGAACUCCGACUUGGUUGAGACUCUCGAGCUCCGUAACCUCCUGACUUGCGCUACCCAAACCGCCGUCGCCGCCGCCAACCGUAAGGAGUCUCGUGGUGCCCACGCCCGUGAGGACUACCCCGACCGUGAUGACGAGAACUGGAUGAAGCACACCCUCACCUGGCAGAAGACCCCUCACGGCAAGGUCGACCUCAGCUACCGUGCCGUCGAGGCCAACACCCUGGACGAGGCUGAGUGCAAGCCUGUGCCUCCUUUCAAGCGUGUCUACUAA